AUGGCAAAUGCAGCUCUUCUCCGCCGCAAUCGGAAGCCUAAGCCCACAAAUUCAUCCUCCAGUCAACCAAUCGUCACGCAACUUGUUGCUGCUAUUCGCUGUAACGAUUUUUCUGUCUUUUCGUCUCUUCUUGAGACUCCGGAUCUGGACGUAAAUCGCCGUACACCUCAGGGUGAUCUUCCAUUGGUCGAAAGCUGUCGCUUUGCACGUCUAGAAAUGGCAACGCUACUUCUUUCUUCGCAUAAAGCCAACGUUAAUGCUGCAUCUAGCAAUUGUCUCGCCAACCGUGUAGGAUUGACGCCGUUAAUCGCUGCGUGUAUGGCCUUAGAGCCGAAAAUUGUGGCCCUGUUGCUCAGUCAAUCCCAGAAAAAAGUAAAUUUACUUCAGACGUUCGGCCGUAUUAAUGCAGCUACAGUCCUCCUACUCUUUUGCGUUGCAAAUGGCCGUACAGACGAACAGAACGAUUUGGCGUUGCAGAUAUUGGAUCAAUUACUGACUUAUGCGAAGCAGCAAAAUCAAUUAAAAGCAUUAUUGACAGCCAAGCCAGAUCAAGUGAACUCUUUAGUACAUGUGGCAGCAGGGGCUGGUAACUGGAAGGCGCUUAGGAUGUUGAGAGAAUAUGCAGAUGACUGUCACGUUGACUUUACAAUUCGAAAUGCUGCGGAGCACUCGUCGCUGCGUGUAGUCGAAAUGAACGCAUUUCAGGCAAGAUCUUUGCAAUUUUGUGAGCCGCCACGGUCGAGAAACGAUUCGAAAAAAGGAAGGCAACGAACGAGAAAGAAAAAGGAAGACAAGCAAGAGAAUGAGAGACAAGAGAAUAAAGACGAAGGUGAAAAAGAGCCGCUAAGUGAGGCUGACAAGCAAACUUUCACAAGGACGCGUCCAGAUCGAAAUGUGGAAGCGUUUCAUGUGACGCGAACGGUUUUGGAGUUGGUUAAAGAUUUAGGACCUGCUGCUAUUUUCUCGCGUAAAAGUGACGUCGGACUUCGAGGACUUUACAUAAAGACUCUUGUGCUUGCAGAAGUCGGUCUUGUCCGGAUUGUCAAUGAGCUUGCUCGGAUGCCAGACACAAUGCCAAUGAAAAGUGUGUAUGUCGAUGGAUUGAUGUGUACUAUUGCAUCUGUCUACCCUCUUGCGUUGAAAAAUGCUAAAGAGUAUCAGUCACCAUGGCAUCAAGCUCUCCGAACUACGGGCCAAGGGGAUGAAGAAGGGACUUCAAGAGCGAAAGACGAGCUUUCACUCGAGGCAUUUCAGCUAAUUAUGAGCAGAAUGCUGUCCUACAACAGUCUUGCAAAACGUGUGAAGGUCUGGACGUUGGUCCUUAUGCAUUUGCUCCGACCAUAUGAUAGCAAAACUCCUCUGGCUGCUGACAUGAAACCUGUUAUGGAGGAAUGCAGUCAAUUGACCUUUUAUGAGCGCAUCGCUGAGAUGCUUUUUCGUUCAGGUACAAAGCUGGCCUUCAGCAUCUUUGACCGUACAGACAUUGAAGAUGAUGAGAGCUACGAUGAAGAGAUUGAAUUCCACCUGCUGAUUUCGUUCAUUGAACUCUUCUUUAAGUUCUUUACGCCGUAUGCGAGAACGAUUUGUGCUGCGGACAGUCCGGAGUCUUUACGUAUUAGCUCAAGUUUUCAACGGGCAAUUCGACCGAUCAAGCAGCUAUGGUCAUUACUGGAUGCGGCACUUAAAUGUCUGGAUGAUGUUAUCGCAACGCCGCAGCGCUUUUCUCUCUUGCUUCACUUGCUUCAAGUAUUUGAACAACUGGAAGCUGCUUUUGAUUUAGACGAAGAAGCGACUUUGAAAAAGCUGUAUGAGCUCAUGAGUCGAUUUGUCAAGCAAGAAGCAAAGAAAAAACGUCUUAAAACGCCUGUUAUUGAGCAAUCGCAUCUUCUACACACCAUCGCGGCAGCAUUUCCGAUCCCUUCGUCCUUAAUUGACAAAGUGAUAUCUUUAAAGGCUAGUGUGGAUGUUUUGAUUCGUUCGGAUCCCAAGAUCUUGGGUAUGGACUUGUAUUCCUUUGCAUCUAUUCCAGGAAUCGUUCGGUUAGAGCAUAAAGUGGAUUACCUGUCCAUGCUGGCUGAAGAGCGCAGUGGAAUAUUGUCGAUCUCAAUCAGUCGAACGUCGGAGGCAAACUACGUGGAUUUUAUCCUGCAGCAAAUACUCAGUACCUCAGGAAAACAAUUGAAAGGGGAACUCAAUAUCACGCUGGUUAAUGAACCAGGUGUUGGUGUCGGGAUUACACGCGAGUUCUUCCAGAUUGUGCAACGAUGUUUCUUUCAGGCAGGAGCAACUGAACGCUCUCACGUGCACACAGUUCCACCAGCACCUCACGUUUUAAAGAUCGGGGCCCAGUGGUUGCAACUUGCCCGCACUCAAAGUUUGCAAAAUGAAAAUUCGGACAAAACACUCCGCAUAGAAGGAGAGCAAUCGACCCAAAGCUUUACUGAAUUGUUCCCGUUUUUUGACUAUGUAGAUGAGCAGGAAGGUGGGGUAAUUGCAAUUGCACCGCGGCCGAUUUACAUCAGCAAACAGAUUUAUGACGCGAAACGCAGUAUCAAGAGCUUGAAUUUAUCUCAAGCAGAAUUGCUUGUAAAUCCAGCAGAAGUUAAUGCACUUAAAAAAAUCUACGUGUGUCUUGGUCGCUUGAUGGGGUUGGCAAUUCGCAAUCAUCAGCCUCUCGGUGUAAAUUUUCCGAUCGUUUUUUGGAAAUUUAUGAUGCGAGAUGGGUCGUUAGCAUGGGAAGAUUAUUGUGAAAAUAGUAGUGUGUUUAAAAACAGUCUUCAAUCUGUAUUGGAUCAUGACUUUGACGUGGAGCCAAUGGAUAUGCGUUUCGAGUACACAGUAAAGGUGACUGUUGUCGACGAAAACGCAAAGAUGAAAAAGGAGGAAGCGACGACUCAUGAAGCUGGAAGUGUGACAUUAACGACGAAUAUGGAAAUGGAAUUACAAGUAGGAGUGGGUGAAGUGCAAGUGACAAAUGCGAACAAGGCAGAGUAUGUUUUGUUGCGUGCUCAGCAAUUUUUCUUCGGCAAUGAAGUGGUAUAUUACAAAAAGAUGCGAGAUGGCUUUACCGAUAUAAUUGCACGUUCCGAUCUAAAACUUUUUCGUCCGGAAGAACUUCAACGACUUGUGUGCGGAGAGCUUACGAUUGACUUUAAAGAUCUUAAGAAGAGUGUCGUGUAUUCCCGAGGUGUUAAACCAUCGCGCGGUGUAGUUCAGCGUUUUUGGAAAGUUGUUGAGACUUUUGAUCAAGUACAGCGCGCUAAACUUUUAACAUUUUGGUCUGGAUCUUCGAGACCUCCCAUAUUUGGUUUUGACUCAAAGUAUCGCUCCAUGAACGCGGACACGGCGUGCUGGUACAUUGAUGUGGACACCGGAAUGGAUCGAAACUUUUGUCCAAUGGCUAACACUUGCGACCGUCGUUUAAUCCUUCCAGACUAUCCAACGACCGCGAUUUUAAGGGAGAAGCUGUUGGUGGCGCUUGAACACGGCAGCAUUGGUUACGAUCGCAUGUAA